AUGAACAUGCAACUGGAGAACUCUUCCUCAUCGGAUAUUUUUCAGACGUUAAUCUCCACUCCGACAGAGACUGGAAAUACUACAAACUCGUCUUGCUCCGAUAUUGACGCAGACGAGACCGGAUCAGUUCAGCAGUCCUCUCCUACAACCCCACACCCGGUUCGCUGCAUAACCAAAGGUCAGACCGUGAUCCGAUUGCCGACGACAUCCAUGCAUCCGCAACCUGAACAAGAAGAUACUAAUAUGACCUUUUUGUCACAGACGACGGUGGCACUCAAAGCCUCUUCAGAUUCCCUACAGACUGUCGAGCCCUCAAAAUUCGGCCCAAAGCCAACUGUUGUUAGGUCUGAAGAAACGAGUGUGGAUUCACAUGUUGCCUCUGCUAUGCCCGAUCAAGCUGGCUUCACCAAUGAGUCGAGUAGAGACACAAAUCAUUCAACAGAAGCUGCAGAAAACCGGACAGCCCUACUCAAAAUUAAGGGCUCGUUGGAUGUGGGUGACCAAGCCCUCCUCGAGUUGGUCAAGUUGAUCAAAGACAAGGCCUCUUCUGAACCCGAAAACGCAACCGGUGAAGAAUCAGGUUCGAGACGCACGCAAGCGCCAGACUUCGUGACGAACAUCGUGUCAGGCAAGGCUACAACAACUUCUGUCACGGAAGUGGGGCCCACAUCUGCCAUCGCCGGAGUUGUGGUCACAGUCUCCUCCAACCCUGUGCCGCAGGAGGCCUCAACCGGGUUGACUUUGACCCCCGCCGAUGCCUUCAUCGGCGAAAAUCACACCUUUUUCACACAAGACCCCGAUUCCCUAAGGGCCGCCCUUCAGGCUCUCGAGUAUGCUUACAACGAGACAGGAAAUUCGUCAACAGUGAGUAACGCAAUGCCUUCCACGACCCCCAAAAUGUGCUCGACAGACAAUCAGACCACAGGAGUCCCGACAACCUGCCUAGGCAACGUGGAGGUUGCCGGUGCCAAAAAUGACCUUACGCAACUGCAGAACCCCACCCUUAGAUGGACCGAUUCCAGCCCAAACCCCAUUCCGCCAGAAACAAUUGUGCUCUCAGGCUCCGAGGGGAACUCGUCAUCUGCUGCUCUGCCGGAAUAUCUCAAUGCAUCAGUCGCUACGACACAGCCCAUGACAACUGAGCCGAUGACAACCAUGUCGACUAGCGUGGAAUUUAGAGUCUUGAAGACGGCCACAAAUGAGUCGCAAAGCCGAAUGGUAGAAUCCGUUUUGGAUGGUCAACAAUCAGGGGCGACAGAGAAUGAGCAGAACAUCAACACCGAGCAGGUCGUAGAAACUGAGGCAGUUGAAGACAGCAGCAAACUCCGUCCUUCCAAUUUGUCUGAGGUCUUCUCGGCUCAAAGUACAGGUCUCAAUGACACCGUCGUCUCGGCCACCGUCACUCCAGACACAAGCGAAGCGGUGGCAUCGGAUCAUCCCCCUUCGAUGCAGCCUGAUCCCACUGCCUCAGCUGAGGCAGAUGCGCCAACACACACGUCCGGACAGACAGACGACAGCUUAACAAUGCUGGGCGACCCUUCUGCUGCGCCGUCUCCCUCCGACGAGUCGGCGUCAAAUGGUACCAUUUCGAGUCCGAGCCCCCUUUCAGGCCCGGAAUUCAGUUCCGUCCAAGUGGACGGCCAACUGCUGAUCACGGAUUCGGCCGGCGGCAGUCGAGUGCAAGCGAGCCACCGACUCGACGAAAUCUCCGCUCCCUCGUCCCCGGACGGCCAGAGUCCCGUAGACGUCUCCACCGUUGGUCCUGAGCCUCGGUCAUCCAGCCUCACCACAAAUCAUGACGACGGGACAGCCAGCUCGACCCAAGACGCCCACUUCGAGUCAACCUCGGCAGUCGCCAACGCGACCAACUCGACGAUUCCAACAACCCUCGGUGCAUACGACAACAAUUCAUCGGCAACCGAGUCGUCCAGUUCAGGCGUUGCCGAGGCUACAACAACCCAACGGACUAAGAAUGACCCAAGAUGGGCGAGUCAGAAACCGUCGGAUUCUGGGUACACCGACUACUCGUCGCGCCUCACUUGGGGCCAGCAACAGCAGGAAAGCCAGGGCAACCAGUCGUCGAGCGAGGGCGAGGCGAUUGAAACGGAAACCACCCGAAAAGAGGACACCAAACUGACG